GGAGGGGCAGUGUAUCCCUCUGCCCCCGCCCAGUACAGCUUCCAGUGGGACGUCAACGACGGCCCCUCCCGCAACUUCUACGGCCACGGCGAGGAGAGGCAGAAUGACAACACGCAGGGAAGGUACUACGUGCAGCUUCCCGACGGACGCCGCCUGGUGGUCGAGUACUUCGUGGACAGCGCCGGCUUCCACCCCACCGUGUCGUUCGAGGGCGAGAUCACGACCGGAGGCCAGGGCCAGUAUGGCCAAGGACAGGGCGGAGGCGGAGGCGGAGGCGGAGGAGCAGGAGGACAGGGAGGUGGCGGUCAGUACGGAGGUCAGGGCGGAGGCUCCGGAGGGUUCGGCCAAGGUCAAGGGUCAGGAUUCUCGGGCUCGGGGGCUGGGUCGAAGCCGUCCCUGGCCUACGGGACGCCCUCCAAGUAAGCGGGCGGAGGGUGGCCGCCCUCAGGGCAUCGGCGGCGGAUCCUUCGGAGGCGCAGCUGCUCUGUUUUCUGCAGUGCGCGAGGCUAAGGCGAUUCAUGAGAAAAUUAGUCAGCAUAGUCUCAGAUUCCUUCUUUUUUAUUCUGUUUGUUCUGUUUUGCUUCGUUUUUGUUGUUAUUGUUAUUAUAUUACUUGAGUGGCGUGGAAAGUGGACUUUUAGCGGCUUAUUGAAAUAAAAGCAGAGAGUUAAACGAAUGAUUAUAAAAA